AAAACCGCAGCUCUCUAGCUCUUUCCGUUCUUGAGUUAUUGCAAAAACACCCACGGCCACUUUUUUUUUCAACAGACAAUAAUAGAACAUUAGAACCUUUCACUACACCACAAACGGAAAAAUAUCACUAUAUUUAAAUCACCAACAACCAUCAAAACUUACAUUUCCACUACUCCAUCUACACCAUAAUCUCCCACCUAAUCAAUUCUCUUUCACAACAUACACCACAAACCACUAAAAAACACAUAUGUCCCUCUCCCACCCGACACAAAAACCAUAAACAAACUACAUUGAACAGAUCCAAAACUAAAUGUCUUUCUGAUCUUCUUUUAGGCCAACACAGUCAUCAUCAACAAAACCAACAAGCAACUAAUCACACACAAGACGCAUAUCAUGAUCUUGCUCGUAUUGAUCGUUAUUAUGAUCCUGAUUAUGGUCUUAUUGAUGAUGAUGGUCAUCUUCUUGAUUAUGGUCUUAUUGAUGAUGAUGGUCAUCUUCUUGAUCUUCGUUAUUGUUGUGUUUCAAGUAUUUUGGUACUGGAAGUGUUCAAUGAUUGUCCGGUGAGGCGCGAGGUAUUAUAG